AUGGCUCUGCGACGUCCGCGUCUACAGCAGCAGACUCGUCUGCUGCCGAAUCCGCCGCGGUCGACUCAACCACCGGAUCUGCUGCUGGAUCGGUCUGCCCCAGUGGAGUCGGCCGCCGGAUCCACCGCAACUCCAGUAGCAUUAGCAGCAAUGGAAGUACCUGGAAUGACUGUGAAGGACUCAAUCCAGUUGAGCGAGAGCUUCGGUGGCCUUCAGGGCGUGGGAUUCUCGGACAAGAACUUCGUCAACUCGGGACAGACCGUCGGUCAAAUCUCCAUAUACGCCGGUGAGCGUCUGGACGGUAUCAGUUUGGAGAUAUCGGCUCCAAAGUCACUGACCUUUACCACGGUGGAACUGGUGGACAUCGCAAGAUCUUAA